UGUGCAUGUCCAUCAAUGCUGUCGAAGCCUUUAGAGAGAGAUUCCCGAAUAAGUCAGGAGCUGGGAAGCCGGUCGCACUGGUGUGUUGUUGCAUACUGGGAGGAGCGGACUCGAGUGGGGCGCCUGUACACUGUCCAAGAAGCCUCCCUCGAUAUCUUCUACGAUCUACCUCACGGGAACGGAUUCUGCCUGGGACAGUUAAACUCAGACAACAAGAGCCAGCUGGUGACCAAAGUCCGGAGCAAAAUUGGCUAUGGCAUCCAGCUGAGUAAGGAGCCGGACGGAGUGUGGGUCUACAACCGCAGCAACUACCCAAUCUUCAUCAAGUCAGUCACACUGGACAACCCAGACUCCAGGACGUUACUCGUUCAUAAAGUGUUCCCGGGUUAUUCCAUCAAGGCUUUCGACUACGAGAAGUCUUACACCUUGCAGAGACCCAAUGACCAUGAUUUCACGCACGAACCGUGGUCUGGAUUCAGCGUCCAAAUUAGUUUUGUAAAAGGCUGGGGCCAAUGCUACACGAGACAAUUCAUAACCAGCUGCCCUUGCUGGCUGGAGGUGUUCCUCAAUAACCGAUAAGAGUGGUGUUAUUAAAGGACUCGGAUUCAACAGAGGCGCUUUCAAUGAAAAGUAAUGAGAUUUAAUAAGAGAAAAAGUGUAUUUUAUGUUAUAUAUAAAUAUAUUAUAUUACUUGUAAAUAUGAAGACGUUUUAUAGCAUUAUUUAUGUAUUGUGCAAUGUGUAAACCAGACAAAAUAAAGAUGCACUUUGCUUAAUAUAAAUGCAAAUAAGAUGAAAAAAACGCCAAAAUUUAAAUAACACAAAAUUGGUGUUCUUAUGGGUGCUGAAACCAAGAAGAAUGUGUUUUUUUUAAAUAGAGGAGUUUUAUGUUCAAGUGGAAAAAUAAAAUUGUACACCUGAUUUAAA